AUGAACUCUACGGCUGCGCUCGGGCUACGUUUUCCAGAUUGGGAUUUAAACAAAAGCCAAUACGACGAAAUUGACAGUCUACCAAUGAUGGCCACGCUAGCUCCAGUUCUCAUGAUAUUAGCUACGUAUUUGAUAUUUGUAUUAAAGAUUGGACCAGCCCUGAUGACUAAACGCAAGCCUUUCAAGCUGACCACAACGUUACUACUAUACAAUGGAAUACAAGUCGUUCUGUCCUUGUAUUUAGUACAAAGGUAUUUCCGAAUUUUGCUGGACAUGGGUUUGACACCGAAGAAGUGCUUCAUUCAAGACACUAAAUAUCGUGACCAGAUAUUACUUGGAAUAUGGCUAUACUUCGCUGCAAAAGUUACAGAACUUCUCGACACAGUUUUCUUCGUACUAAGGAAGAAGGACAACCAAAUCUCGUUCCUACAUUUGUAUCAUCAUUCUAUCAUGAUGAUUGGUACAUGGACUAUUUUGAAGUAUUGGCCGUCACACACACUUAUUUUCAUCGGAUUUCUUAAUUCUCUCGUUCAUGUCUUCAUGUAUACAUAUUACGGGCUAUCAGCAUUGGGGCCAAAUGUUGCUAAGUACUUAUUUUGGAAAAAACAUAUGACUACAUUUCAACUGGUUCAGUUUGUUUGUAUAAUCAUUCAGUACGUCGCAACGGUGAAACGCUCCGAAUGUCCACCAGCGAAAGGCGUCGCAACGUUCAUCGCCUGUAACACUGGUUUCAUUCUAAUUCUUUUUCUGAAUUUUUACCGCCAUAGUUACAAGCGGAAAUCACAUGAAACCAGCAAAAACAACGGAUUAGCGAUUAAAGAAGUCGGUAGAAGAAAUUACCAGUGA